AUGGCUCCAGACAGGAUGUUUCUUUCUGAAAUGGAAAAAAAGCCAACAGAAACUUUCAGGGAGUAUGCACACUGUUGGAGAGACGCGGCCACUCAAGUGGACCCUCCGGUCAGCGACCGUGAGGCAAUAUCGAUGUUCGUAGGGACGUUAAAAGAUCCCUACCGUUCACAUCUAGUAGGGUCCACCCCUCAUAACUUCAUGGACAUUGUGUCGGCAGGGGCCAGAGUGGAAGUCGACGUCAAAGCUGGACGGAUAAAGACUGGCGCUACCGAUAAUGGCCCAAGUAAGAAGUGGGUCAAAGGUAAAAAGGAAGAAGAGACCCAAAUGAUACAGGGACCUAUGAGAAGCCUAAGACAGAGAAGCCGAAGUCAACAACCUAGGGGAAAUUUCUACAUGGAACCAGUAGUAAACCAAACACUGCAUAUGGGCCCCAGACCCCAGUUUGUGGCCCCCGCGCUUGUGCCAGCCCAGCCGAACAUACCAACUCGCCCGAGCCAGCAAACACACACGAGGAAUACACCCAAAAGUUUUCGGAGAUUGGAACCGAUUCCCAUGUCAUACGCAGACUUAUUCCCCCAGCUUUUAGAACAAAGGAUGAUAUCUACCAUCCCCGGGAUUCCUCUCACAAAUCCUCCCCCGCAUUGGUAUAAUCCAGAGGUCCGAUGCACGUACCAUGCCAAUUCUCCAGGGCACCCUAUUGACCAAUGUUGGGCCUUCAAACACAAGGUGCAAGAUUUGAGGGACACGGGUUGGUUGUCAUUCGAUGCGAAGCCGGUUGGUAUUCAAGAGAAUCCUUUGCCUGACCAUGGGAAGGACAAUGUUGGAAUGAUCGAAAAACAAGAUGGGGAAAAAUUUGAAAGAAGAUGGGAGCAAAUGACGCUAGACUGGGUGUAUAGUGAACUGACAACGGCAGGCCUAGCAGGACUAAAGGCUAUUUGCCCUAAAGGCGCCCCAUGCGCAUGCCAAAAUACUACGAAAAAAUCAGUACAACAAUGUGAGACUUUCCGGAUUUUUCUAAGUAGCUUGAUUGAUAGCAAACGAGUGGAAGUUAGCUGCAUUCAGAAAACAAAUGAAGUUUCAGUCAUAGGGGAAUCUGACCAUCCCCAAUUCACCAACAGACCAUUUAUCUCCAUCAUGAAAAAAACCCCACGAGUCCCAGAGGCCCCAGUUCGGGUAUUGAUCUCAGCCCCUCGCCCUUUCGCAUACCACAGUGACCGGGCAGUGCCAUGGAGAUACAAUUGUGAAGUACUCACCGAAAGAGAAACUAGCAGUGCUGCUGAAGCAAGAGGGAUAACCAGAAGUGGAAGGGUUUAUACGCCGGAGGUCUUGGAGAAGGUGCAACCUAGCCAAGAACAGAAUAGGAACUUGAAGAAGCCAGUUCAAUCUCAGGAAGCCGAAGAAUUCUUGAAGAUUAUUAAACAAAGUGAAUACAACAUCAUUGAUCAACUGAAGAAGAUGCCAGCCCAUAUCUCUGUUUUAUCAUUGUUGUUGAGCUCGGAAGCCCUAUUAAAGGCUCUUAAUCAGGCCUAUAUUCCCCAAGACAUCAACAUCGAUAAUUUUAAUCAUGUGAUUGGUGGUCUUACGGCUACCAACUACAUUACAUUCGCUGAUGAGGAGAUCCUCGUGGAAGGACAAGGGCAUAAUCAGGCAUUGCACGUUUCCGCUAAAUGUCGAGAUCACAUGAUUGCACGAGUGUUGAUUGAUAAUGGGUCAUCUUUGAAUGUCAUGCCCAUGACGACCCUACAAAAACUGCCUGUUGACCCGUCCUACAUAAGGCAAAACAAUUUGACUGUGCGGGCUUUCGAUGGCACCCGUAGGGAAUCGGUGGGAUCUAUUGAAAUUCCCGUGCAAAUUGGACCAGUCACCUUCGACAUUACAUUCCAAGUCAUGGCCAUAACCCCGUCUUAUAGCUGCUUAUUGGGGAGGCCGUGGAUACAUAACACCGGGGCGGUUCCGUUUUCUCUGCACCAACGGGUCAAAUUUGUAGUAGAUGGGAAAUUGGUUUGUGUAUAUGGUGAAACCGAUGUUAUGAUAACAAAGCCCACUUCCACUCCUUAUGUGGAAGUCACAGAAGAGGCAUUGGAGGACUCGUUCCGAGCCUUCGAGAUCAUAAAUGUCACAACUAUAGCAGAAGGAUCUCCAAUCUCAUGCCCUCAGAUCUCCGCCACAGUGCAUAUGAUGGCGUCCGAAAUGAUCAGACAGGGGUACCAUUCAGAAAAAGGGCUUGGAAAAUACCUACAGGGGAUCCAAAAGCCGUUAAUUCUUAAGGAAGUGAAAGACAGAUAUGGCCUUGGCUACAUACCUACGGCGGCAGACCGAAGGAAGAAAGUUGAAGAGAAGAAGAUGCGGAGGAUGGAAAGAAUCACUGGUGAAACAAGCUCUAAGGAAGGACUGUACCUCCCUUCCAUCAGCCGGACUUUCGUAAAAAGCAGUCAAUCCAACCUGGAGGCAGAAUUGGGGCAAUAA